ACUCGCGUUGCUUUAUUUUUAAAGUCGGAUCAAGGUACACAAAGGUCUUGUCGGUUUUAUACUUAUUUUUAAAGUUGAAGCCAGGUACCGAAAAGUUUUGUUGGCUUUAUAUUUAUUUUUAUUAACAAGCUUCACCCGACCAUUGGAUAUAAAUGGUUUUUAUCAAGAAAUAGUGUGGAUGAAUCAUUUUAUGUAUUAUCCGUUAUUUAUUCGAGACCUAUUUGCAUAUUAAUGUUUUACUAAAGUUCAUUUUUUAGUCAUCAAAUACUUUAUACUAAAAGAUGGAUUGUGUCAAAGUAGCUCUUCGUAUUAGACCUCUGGUCACUUCUGAAUUGGAUAUUGGAUGCCGUCCUUGUAUAGAGCGCAUUCCUAAAGAACCUCAAGUAACUAUUGGAAAAGGAAGCCAGAUGUUCACAUACAAUUUUGUUUUUGAUGAAUUUGAAGGACAAGGAAAAGUUUAUAAUGAUGCAGUAGAGUCUCUAAUUGACAAUCUAUUUAAAGGUUACAAUGUAACUAUAUUAGCUUAUGGACAAACAGGGUCUGGAAAGACCUACACGAUGGGUACCAAUUAUUCUGGCGAUGGUGAGCUUGGUGUUAUCCCAAGAGCAAUAUAUGAUAUUUUCAACAAAAUUAAUAGUUCUACUGAUAAAGAAUAUAAAGUCUCAGUGUCGUUUAUUGAGCUUUACAAUGAAAGUCUCUAUGAUUUACUUACGCAAAAACCCAGAGAGCAAAGUAUAGUAGAAAUGAGAGAACAUUGUAACACAGUUUGUAUUCCUGGCUUAACGGAAUUAGAGGUUAGAUCUCCUGAGGAAACAUUAGGAAGAUUAAAAGAGGGUUCCUCUGGGCGUGUCGUAGGAUCUACUGCUAUGAAUGCUCAGUCCUCUAGAUCUCAUGCAAUUUUCACUAUCAACUUUAAAAUUCUUCCAAAGGAUAACCCGACUAAUAUCAUUACUUCAAAAUUUCACUUGGUGGAUCUUGCUGGUUCUGAACGUUCAAAAAAGACUGGUACAACUGGAGAGAGAUUCAAGGAAGGAGUAAAUAUAAACAAAGGCCUUCUCGUUCUAGGAAAUGUUAUUUCACAGCUAGGUGAAGGAAAUCAUGGAUACAUUAAUUACAGAGAUUCUAAAUUAACCAGAUUGCUUCAAGAUUCAUUAGGAGGAAAUUCAGUCACUCUUAUGAUUGCAUGUGUCAGCCCAGCUGAUUACAAUCAAGAUGAGACUUUGAGUACUCUCCGGUAUGCAGACAGAGCUAGAAAAAUAAAAAACAAACCUGUUGUUAACCAAGAUCCUCAUCUGGCAGAAAUAUCAAGGCUUCGAAAGGAGAUUGAGGAGUUAAGACUAAAGAUGAUUGGCGGUACAAUAUUAGAGUGCCCUCCGGAACAUAAAACUCUCCAAGAGAAACUUUCAGAGGCUCAAAGGAAAAUCAAUCAACUUAGUAAAGCUCUUGGUUCAGCACUGUCACAAAAUACGACAAUGUUUGAAAAAACAAUUUCGAUUGAAAAUGCUGAAACAACACUGAAGGAAAAACUGAAUGAACUUUUCUCUUAUUUAACUGGAACAUUAUCAGCAGAUGAUCAACGUUGGGUAGAACUUAAAGAAAAAAUCGCCACUGUUCAGGAUGAACAAAAAAAAGUAGAGAAAGAAAUUUUAGGAUUAGAUAAAAGUUCUGAGCAUAAUAAUGAUGAAAAAGAUGAUGAUGAUAAUGACGAUGGGGAUGAUGAAGGUGACGCAGCUUCUGGUCUGAUUAAUCGUAGAGAGGAACAUAUUAUGUCACAAGCAAAGAUUAAUAAGGAAAUUUUGGCUUUAUCUAAAGAUUUAAUGUGGAAAGAGGAACUGAUGGCAAAACUUUCUGAAAAUUCUGGUCAGUUUGGUCGGAUAAAUGGUGUAUCUGAAGAGAGUGUUGAAGAGUUGAAACGUCAAUUAGCUGAACUUCAACAGGAAAAAGAUGAUUUACUAAAACAGAUGAAAAAUAGUAGUAGUGGUCAAAGCGCAUCUGCGAAAAUUGCUGAAAAUAGACGAAAACGUUUACAAGAAUUGGAGUCUAAAGUUUCUUCAUUAACAAAGAAAGUUACUGAACAAGAAAGAGUAAUAAAAAUGAAAGAGAAGUCAGAAGAAAAAAUUAUGGCGUUGAAACAAGAAAUAAUGUCAAUGAAGCAGUUAAAAGUUAAACUUAUUCAACAAAUGAAAACUGAAAAUGAACGAUUUUCUAAUUUCAAAGCUGAAAAAGAUAGAGAGGUUUGCCAGCUCAAGAGUCAAAAUAUGAAAAAACUAAAUCAAAUGAAGAAAAUGGAACAGCUUCAUUCCAUGCAGCAAAAUGUACUGCGUAGAAAGUUAGAAGCUGCUGCUGCUGCUAAUAAAAGAAUAAUGGCUGCUCUAGAAAGACAAAAGAAUGCAAGAGAACGAAAGAAUAAAGGUCCUGCAAGUGAAAAAAUUAAAGAACGGCUAACAGAAGAACUAGAACUAUUGGAAUCUGAAUACCAGGCCCAAAAAUCACUAGAAACGCUUAUUCAGGACAGAGCAUCAUUAACUAAAGAAUUAGCUGUUAUAAAGGAAUCUCUGGAAGAUGAUAGUGUCUCUGAAGCAGAAAAGGUCAAAUUGAGAAUUGAUGCUAAACAAGUAGAAAAUGAAUUAGAUAUGAGAUCAGUCGAGAUUUCAGAUUUACAACAAAAACUUCUUGAUAUUCAGCAAGAUGACCAAAAUAAGCAUUAUUUGGAGGUCUUGCAGUCCAUGGCAGAUGCUAAAUUUGCUCUGAAAUAUUUAUUUAAUUUAGCUUCAGAAAGAGUUAAGGAGAGCGUGAACUAUGCUGCUGCCUUGGCUGAAUUAAAGGAACAACAGUCUGAAACAGAUUUACAACUAUCUGAGUAUCGAACGAAAUUGGAAAAUCUAGAAUCAUACCAUAAAAAGGCACUGGAAAGAAUGGAAAAAGAAUGUGAAGAAAAAGUCUAUUUAUUCAUGAAAAUGGCUUCAGAAAAUAUUGAAAAGAAUCAGGAUGGACCACUUUCUGAAAAAUUCCGGAUACAGACUCAGGAACUUGAAAAGUUAGAGCAGUUGAGGAAAAGGAUUGAAGAGUUGGAAGAAGAAAAUAAGCGGUUGGCAAUGGAUGGUAGCAAUCAGAUGGAAACGGAAAAUUUGAAUCCAUUUGAAAAAUUUUUGGAAGAAAGAAAUACCACUUUUAUUGUCCCAUCUAAAAAACGAACAAUGAAAAAAGAAAAAAAAGUUGAAAAUUAUGCUGUGACUGAUGAAGAAACAUUGCGAGCUUUUGAUGAUUCUGGAGAAAUUGAUAUUGAUGACCCAGAAAAUGAUCCAGAUUGGAGGAAAACUCCUAUUGCUAGGAGAAUCCAUGCACUAAGAAAAGGGAAACUUGGGAAAAGAAACAGUGGUAAAGAGGAUGAAAAAUGUACGUGUAUUGGUAAGUGUGAAAAAGGUUGCAUAUGCAAGAAGUCAGCUUCACCCUGCAAUGAAAACUGUUCUUGUGACCAUUCAGUCUGCUCAUCGGCUAAUAAACGCCUUAGGAUUGAUUUUGGUGAAGACUAAAUGUGUCAGUGAAUAAUAUUGGUAUAUUUACUUGAAAAAGUGCCUCAUUAUCUCUUAUUAAAAGCUAUAUUUUAUAAUUGCUUUUUCAUUGUUAUAAUAUUAUUAUCAAUGUAAAUAAAUUUAAAUAUUUUUAAUGAUCAUGACUGAAUAAAUGUUAUUCAUUGUUAUACAUAUAUAAUUUUACAUUUCAUGUUUUAGGAUUUGUAUUUAAAUAUAUUUAUUUUUAUCUUUUAAUUUUUUUUAUGUAUUGUGGGAAUCAUUUGUGUUUUGCCUUUAUCUUAGUGGAAGUUUUUUUUAAAUUGUAAUUGUUUGUUUUAUCGAUUCCGUCCUUGCAUAAAUAAUUAUAAUUAAAAUUAAAAAAGCUUUAAUUUAAUAAUUAAUCUUAAAUUAUUGGUAGAGAUAUCAUUUCAGUUAAGGGCCUAGGGUUUUAUCUAAUUUUCAUUAAAAAUGUUAGUUACACUUAAAAAUUUAAUUUAAAACAAUUAGUUAAGAAAAAAAAAAACUUGAUUAAAGAUAGGGUCAAAGCACCAGUAGUUGACCAGCACUACUGAAUAUGAUUUUGAAUAGCACCUGAAGAAUAUGAUUUUGGAACCUCCUAGCCCAUUAUUUUGAAUAUUAUUGCCUUCUGUAUAAUCCCCUCGAAUAUUGGUCUAUUCUGCUUGGGUCUUAAAGGAAAAAGUAAUUUAAAUAAGUCGGGAAGGUUCCUCAGAGUUGAUUUAUUUUCCCAGGACAACCAUCUUCCUGUAAGGAUACUGAGGUACAGUUUUUCUUCUCCUCUUGUAAUUACUUUGUAUUAUCCUCAAAUUUCUGUUUAAUUCCUUCUUAAAGUCUUAGAUUAUGUUAUUUUCUGUUUUGAAUUGUUUUUGAAGGAAUUGAAGAAUUUAAUGUGUCAGCUACUGGAACCUCAUAUUGUAUCUUUCUCCAGUACCCUACUGGGUUAUUGCACAGCUUUAGUAACAUCAUUUCUUCUAUUCAACUAUUCUAUUUUGUUAUAUAGGCUUACCACUGGAGACUAUUUGCAAUAUAGAUUAUAUAUUCCAAUAGCUGACAGAGGAUGUCAAGUAAUGGAAAAAGAUAUGCCAACUAUUGGAAUAACAUUUGAUUUCUGUGUUCUCUUUCUUCAAGCUUAUUUUCUCUAUGGCUACGAUAUCAAAACAUAUUUUAAAAUAUGCUUAGGAAGACAUAGAAAAAGCCAAAGCCCUUGACAAUGUUCUCAGGGGAAUGUCGAUAGCGGGUGCCUCACAUAAAAAUAGAAUCCCGCGUAUAAUAUUCCCUUAUAAAGUCAGUGGAAAGUACUCAAUUCAGCAUAAAAUGGGACCAUCGAACAUUUUUUCUCAUGAAGAAGAAAAUUUAUUAGUUAUUUAGAUUAAAUACUAAAUACAUGACAAAAAUAGGUUUUCCUGUUGCUAAAAAUCGGGUUAUUGACUAUGUCCAUCUGCUGUAAAAUUUAGGUCGGGAAAUUCCCUUCAAACGUGACCUCCCUGAUCGUAAAUGGUUUAAUCUUUUCAUUAAACAGAACCUGGGGUUAUGCUUUAGAACUCCUGAAAAUCUCACCUCAUUCCGAGAGCCUCUGUGAAUGGUAAAUUUGAAGAUAUGGUAUUUAAAUGUCCAGUCAGACCUUGAAGAAAAAAUACUUCUAAAUAUCUUGGACGAUGCAAGUUGUUUUUUUAAUGCAGAUGAAAGUGCAGUUUUUGCAGAAAAGGGAAAUGAGAAUAUAUCUAAGAGUAAGCACAGAUGAAAAGGAGUGUCUGACUGUUUUGUUGUCAACUAGUGCUUCAGGUGUAAUUCUCCUGCCUUCUAUUAUCUUCAAACAAAAGGAUACCUUCAGAUAUUGUAUUCAGUGUCCUUGAAACAAGGGGUAUGCCAUAUGGGCCAAUCACACAGUUGCUGGAUGCAUACACCAAUUUUUACAAGUACUUGGCCAAUAUUUUUCACCCCUAGCUAAUAAAAGAUUCUGAUUCUUAUCUCAGAGUCAUUGUAAUCUCUUUAUUGUGAUAAAAUGGCUUACCUCAUUUUACCAAUUGUUCAGUAAAUUUGUUUAUUUCUAGUUGAUCUAAGGUGCCUAAUGUGUAUUUUGGUCCAAUUUACCUUAUAGAUAGCUUUUCUUAACAUAAGGUAAAAGUUCCUAACUACUUUAUACUUACCCGAUUUUUUUUUUUUUAAAUUGAGUUAGAUAGCUGGCCAAUUUUGAUAAAGUAACGGAAUCUUAGUUUUAUAAUAAAUUUAAGAUUAAUUUUGUUUAAUAUCUAUUAUAAAAUAAAUAAGAAUAUGAUGUAUUAACAAAUUAUUUUGCAUGACUACUUUCUUGCCUACAUCUCUGUUAACUAUAAGAACAUUCCAACUCCAACAGUGUCAGCUAUAGGUACAACAAAACUUUUCUAUUAAUUCCAUAUUUUUUUUUACUUUAGAUGAAUAUUUCUUCCAUUUUAAUUGCUAGUUUUCAAGCUGGGAAUUGGUUCUAUAAGAAAAUCCCAGGAAAAAUACAAUAUUAUAAUUCAAAAUAAUUUCCUCAAGCAUGUCAGCUACUGGUGAUUAAUUUACCCUACCUUCAUAAAGUUUUUUUUCCUUAUCCUCUAAGAAAACCUUAUUUAGUAUGCACAAUGGUAAGAAUACUAGAAAAUAAUUAAUCAAACUUUUAAUCAAGUACAUGGGAUACACUAUUAGCUAUUUAAACUUAAAAACAUUACUUCUAUUUAUUUGUACUUUAAUUAUCUGGCCUUGUUAAAACGAAGGUGUCAUUUCCCUGUCGGUUAUAUUUAGUCAUUCAAUAUUUUCAGUUUUUUUUUUUAUUUAAUCUAAUUCUUAUUUUACAAUACUGAAUAUUUAUAACACAAAUGUAUUGAAAAGCACUAUUAUAACAGUAAAAAUAACCAUUUUGUGUAAAUACAUGCCUUUUUAGUUUU